AUGCUUGCCUAUCGUGCUUCGUACCAUAGUACCACUGGGUACAGUCCAGCAUUCUUGACGCUCGGACGUGAGUUAUGUUUACCCGUAGAGAUAGUGGUGCAACUGUUACCAAACCCUGCUGACACCACGCCUGCCUAUACCCGAGACUUUGAAGAACGUCUUCAGCAAGUCUUCCAACACGUUCGGGAACACGCCGGCCGAGUGCAAGAGCAACAGAAACGCGUUUACGAUCGCGAAAUUCACGGGAAUGCACAUAAUGUGGAGGACCGUAUAUGGCUUCCUCGACCAAGGCCACCGCAGGGCACUUCAACCAAGUUCCAUCCGCCGUGGCAGGGGGCCCUACGAAGUCGUUCUUCAGCGUUCAACGACAGUCUAUAUUAUCCGCAAAAUCGGCUCUCGAAAUAA